GAUGACUGAUGAAGAUACUUACGGUAUAUUUUUAAGAAACCUCGUCGCUAAAGACGGAAGUGGUACAAAUAACAUUACUUUGAUUGACAAAACCGGAUGUCCGGUAGAAGUAAAGAUGAUGCGUGAAGUCCGAAAAUUGGAUAAGAGCAGUAAGUCUUUAGAGAGCUAUCUAGAAGCCUUCACUUUCACUGGAAGUAGCGUAUUGGAGCUGGAAGCCGACGUGGAAACUUGCCUUGAAAAUUGUCAGCCGGUGUUGUGUAACAUUCCUACCGGUAGGAGUGAAGAUGACCUUGAGACGGUGUAUUCGUACGGGCGUAAAAAACGUGAGGCAACAGAAGGCAGCUACGGGGAGGUUCUCUCGACCAUGAAGCUGGCUAAAAGCCUAGCAGUGAAAGCCCCCGAAUUCGGAGUUGGACAACCUUAUUACGAGGCUAACUACGCCACCCCCGUCACGGCUCCAACUAGAACAGUUUUCAAAGAAAAGAAGUUUGACACGCCCCCACCAGAGGGCGACAUCGUGUGUUUUGAACCAACAAUAACGGCUGUUUUUGGAAGUUUAACGUUAUUUGUCGAGCUCAGUAUUUUAGCCUCAUGUAUUGCAAUUUCAAGACGCUGGAGACGCGAGGGGGCAGCUAGCAAGCACAUAUUUUCUAUUAAUUACGCAAAUAGUACAGACGGCUCAGACUUUACAAUUUCCUAAGUUUUAAAAGUUUCAUGUUGUUUUCACUAUGAGUUUAAAAGCCGGUUUUGCUAUUGAGUUCCAUGCAGUAUUUUCAUAAUUUGAGGGCUUCGUCGUGCGUACUUUAGUUUCUUACAAAUAUAAAACAUGUUUUUCAAAGGAGCUGUUAACACUUUGUAACAGUUUCAAAACAGUUAAAAAAAUACAAAUAGAUAAUAUCUGAGAAAGGGUUAGGCUUAAUUCAUGUUUCCCCAAGAAUUGCUGGUCAAAACUUCACAGCCUAGUGACCAGAAAAACAAAACAAAACAUUUUUUAACACAUAGCGCCAUCUGUUAUUAAAUUUUGAAA